AGAGAAAACUCAAAAGAAAAGGAAAAAAAAAGUUAGUUCCUGGGCAAAUUUGAAAGCACACUGGUUUUCCCUCAAUUUGAUUCUCUGAACCCCUUAGUUGGGAUCAGAGGAUCAACUUUUUUUUCCUCAAAAUCUUCAUUCAAAACCCAAAAAAGAUAAAAAUCAUACUCGUACAAUAAAUGCUUGUCAUUGAAGUUGAAGACUUUAUAAGAAGAAGAAAAACAACUUCUUUGGGAAGGAAGAAUACGGGAAGGAUCAAAGAUAUAAUAAAGAAGGAAGAGCAAAAGUUUGGUUUUUGAAUGAUUCAAAGAAAUGGGUAUCUCUCAGAAUGAAGCUAAAAUGGAAGGUUGGUUACAUACAAUACGUUCCAAUCGUUUUGGUUUACAAUUCUCACGCAAACGUUACUUCAUUCUUCGUAACAAUGUUCUCGAGAGCUAUAGAGUAAUCCCCAUUUCUGAGAAAGAGGAGCCUGUUAGAAGUGCCAUAAUAGAUUCAUGCAUUCGGGUUACAGACAAUGGAAGGGAGAACAUUAGCAAAAAGGUCUUCUUCAUUUUCACCCUUUGCAGCACUUCAGAUAAUAAUGAUCAGCUUAAGCUAGGAGCAAGUAGUUCAGAGGAAGCAGCGAGAUGGAUUCAUUGCUUGAAGGAUGCUGCAUUAAAGGAGUCUCCACGUCAAGCAAAGAAUUUUGUAGGUUCUCCUAAGAAGAGAUGGCCAUCUCUGAGAUUGGGUAGUACAAAGACAAAACGCAGCAAGAACUCGGGCAAUCGGCCAUUUCACUUAUCUGUUCAUGCAGAGGCAAUGACAUCUGAUGUUAUUGCACCCUCACCUUGGAAAAUAUUUGGUUGUCAAAAUGGGUUACGGCUUUUCAAAGAAGCAAAAGAUUGGGAUUCGCGUGGAGGGCAUUGGGAUGAUCAUCCGGCAAUAAUGGCUGUUGGUGCGGUGAAUGGGACCUCGGAGGCCAUUUUCAGUAUGCUCAUGUCUUUUGGCUCCUCAAGAUCAGGAUGGGACUUCUGCCUCUAUCAUGGCAGUGUGGUUGAGCACCUUGAUGGUCAUACAGAUAUCAUUCACAAGAAGUUAUACAGUGAUUGGCUACCUUGGUUAGAUUCUAAUACCUGCUUUGAACAGAAUUCACAUUUUAUAUUUUGGAUUGAUUACAGAAGUUGUUGCAGGGGAAUGAAACGGAGAGAUUUAUUACUUCAACGCUAUUGGAGAAGAGAGGAUGAUGGCACAUAUGUAAUUCUGUACCACUCCGUGUUACACAAGAAAUGUCCACCUCAAAGUGGCUAUGUCCGUGCUCACCUUAAAAGUGGGGGAUAUGUUAUAACUCCCGUGAACCAGGGAAAACAGUCACUUGUGAAGCACAUGCUUGCUAUUGAUUGGAAGUUCUGGAAUUUAUAUCUCCGCCCAUCUGCUGAUAGAUCCUUGACAAUUCGUAUGCUUGAGAGAGUUGCAGCCUUAAGAGAGCUGUUCAAAGCCAAACAACGAAAUUAUUCUUCUGAAUGCUUGUCUAGGGAGUGGCCAAGGGAUACACACUCACCUCAAAUUGAAAUAGAGGAUAUCAAGAUUGGCACACAAAGUCCAAAGCAGAUAAUAAAGAUUGAGGAGGAUAAUUUAAUUGAGAAUGAGUUGGAAAAACCACCAUCUGGUCGCGUUACUCUAAUGGGCCUGAAUGAAGCACCUGAUGAGUUCUUUGAUGUACCUGAAGCAUCUGAAUUCACAGAUUAUGAUCACUUGGAGAGUGAGUGGUCCACUGAAUUAAGUUCAGAACUGCAUCCCCCGAAUGUGCAGCAGUCGAAAUUAACAACAGGAGCUGGUUUAAUGAGAAAGUUGCAUGAUCUUGCAAUUCAAAAGAAGGGUUACAUGGACUUACGAGAGGUGGCUAGGGAAGACAGCAUAGUCUACUCAUAUGGAACCUCUCUCCAAAAGGACCCAACCUGUACUUUACCUUGCAGUUGGUCCACUAGCGAUCCUUCUAUGUUCUUGAUACGUGGUAAAAAUUACCUAAAAGACAACCAAAAGAUUAAGGCAAAUGGAACCUUGAUGCAAAUGGUAGGGGCAGACUGGCUAAUAUCUGACAAACGAGAAGAUGAUCUGGGCAGCCGACUUGGCAGUAUCGUUCAGAAAUAUGCAGCAAAAGGUGGACCAGAAUUUUUCUUUAUUGUUAAUUUCCAGAUUCCGGGAUCGCCUAUGCAUACCCUAGCAAUGUAUUACAUGAUAAAAACUCCACUGGAAGAUCAUCCGUUGCUAUACAACUUUGUAAAUGGAGAUGAUGCGUAUAGGAACUCAAGAUUUAAGCUCAUUCCAUGCAUUUCUAAGGGAUCAUGGAUAGUCAAGCGAAGUGUUGGAAAGAAAGCAAGCUUAUUGGGUAAAGCUCUCGAAGCUCAUUAUUUUCGUGGGAAAAAUUACUUUGAGGUUGAAAUUGAUGUUGGUUCUUCAACAGUGGCACGGGGUGUAUCUAAUUUUGUUCUUGGAUAUCUUAGCAACUUGGUCGCAGAAAUGGCAUUUGUGAUACAGGGUAAUACACAGGAGGAGCUGCCUGAAACCCUUCUUGGAACUUGCCGGCUUAAUCAUCUCGAUCUGUCGAAAGCACGCCUGGCAUUGCCAUGACCAAGAAAAAAAAACAACAAAUUUCAUGUUUCUCUGUGAGGGAAAGGUUGAGUCAAAAUACCAAAUCAUGUAUAGUUUUUUCUAUUUUCCCCCUACCAUUCAAGUUCGAUCAAGCUGAAAUUGAAAAUAUGAGUCCUCUGUCUUGAUUCUUUGGUGGGGUUGUUAUAAUCUGUAAAGUGGUUAUUGCCAUAAUCAUUGGCUAAUGUUUCACAUUUGAAAAAUCUGUAAGAUGAAUGAUGAUAUCUAU